AAUCCUUCUGCCUUGUCCUCCCAAGUGCUGGGAUUACCAACACAAAUCACCAGGCACAACCAAUUUUUAGCUUUUAAUCUCUUGUUACUUCCUAUUCUUUAUUUUUCCUUUUAAGCUGUCACAUGCUAAAAUAUGAUGACACCAAACCUUGGUUGAUGGGGUGGAGGGAGUGCAAAGUCUAGACAAUCUAUUCAUGUUUUCAUUUUGAAGGGUACCUUGGCUCCCUGGGCUAGUUUGUCUCGCUGGCCCAGAAAUAACCACUUCUCACCUCUUGGUGGAUUUACUUGUACGUCUUUUGCUCUGUGAAUAAAAAAAAAAAAAAAUACCAGCGUUGAACUUGAAAACACUGACUUGAGAAACAUCAGUAAGGCCCACUGAGAUGGCUCAGCAGGGAAGCAUGCUUGCUGCCAAGCCUGACAGCUUGAGUAGAAUCCCUGGAAUUCACAUGGUGAAGGGGAGACCCACCAGCUCUGACCGUCACACAAACACCUUGGCACAUGCAUGCGUGUGCACCCAUGCACCCGUGCAUACACAAGUAAAUAUAAAAAUGGUUUUAAACAUCAAUAGAUACUAUUUUUACAUUGUUUUUAUUUCAUGAAUGAAAAUCACAGAAGUGCUGACUUGACAGAACAUAUUCACAUUCACCUUUCACAUUCACAGUUUGGCAGGUCAGUGAAUGCAGAGGAACUGUCUUUAUACACAGCAAUACUGCAUUCUUGUUUCCAAAGUUGAUUCCCGUUCACUUCUUCUAUCAUACUGUACAGCGUCCUUAUGUUGUUGGAUGAAUAGGACCACAGUAAGAUGGAGACAGUGGUCCCUGCGCUUAGACCAACAUCCAGCCAGUUAGGUUGGUAUUCGUAGAACUUCGAAGGUGCUGAAGGAUGAAGAGAGACACCUGCCGACUGCUCAGGAGCCAGCAGCCACCAGAAGGGACUCAGCAGCGUGGACAGUGUCACCCUGCUGGAGGAUUUCACCUCAUCCCUCUGGUCACUGGUCCCAAAGCUAGCUGUUUUCACUGGAAUGUCUACCGUGAACUCCGUUUUGUAUUAAUGAGUAAUUACUCCACAUUAUUGUUUACUCCGCUGUACUGCAUAUCUCUUAAUCUAAUUUUUGAGUCCUUUUUUCCAACGUCUAGCCAUCUUAACCAUCAAUUACAUAAGAUCUGGUAGCACAAAUUUUAGAAACUGGAACUUGUAGGUCAAAGGGUACACAGAAUUCUGAGUGGCAUUUUCUGAAAUCUUUUCAGUGUUGAUGGGGAGCAUAAGUAUAGAAGUGUAUUUGGGGAGGGUAUUUUGGUAAUACCUUGCUGAUAAAGUACACACAUACUUUUAUCAAGAUAGACCACUUGUAGGAAUUUACUCUGUAGUAAUUGUCACUGUAUCUAUCAAAAAGGACAUGGACAAGUUGUAGCACUGUUUGUAAUGAACAUUGUAGCUUAUCAAAAUGGCCACCACUGCGGGGUAUUUGGUUAGGUGAUAACUAAUCUUACUGAAGUAUUGGUUUGAAAGACAUGGAAACUGCUGAUGUCUACAACAGACUGGUACUAAUAAAAGGACUUUUAUUUGCAGAAAUCACUUUUUGUUCCCUGGAAGCACCUGGUCCAACAUAGUAAUAGAGUGCUUUUUGUAUGUCGUGUCCUACAGCAGAGUUGCAGUUGAACAGAGUGUGUGGAACGGGACAGUGCUGGACUCCAAAGCGUUACCUAGAUAUUUGAGGAAGUAGAUGGAAUGGAUAAACUUGUUAGAUGCUUGAGAACUAGAGCAGGAGGUUCUCAACCUUCCUAAGGCUGUGACCCUAUAAUGAAGCUCCUCAUGCUGUGGUGACUCUCAACCAUAAAUUAUUUUUGUUGCUACUUCACAGCUGUACUUCUGCUGCUGUUAUAAAUCGUAAUGUAAAUAUCUCUGUUUUCUGAUGGUCUUAGGCGACCCCCCGUGAAAGGGUCAUUCGGCUCCCAAAGGGGUCGUGACGCACUGCUAGAGAAAGACACAGAUUACCAAUGUCAGGACUGAAGGAGGUGGCACACGGCAAGGACUGGGUCUGACCAUGUCCUGGUUUCAGUGGUGGCUUCAGGCUGUAUAUGGAUGUCAGAACUGACCUGGUUGUGUGCUGUAUAAACGUGUGUCACCUACUGUCUCUAGGCCAUGUCUUCAGGGCUCACUAACAGGGCAGCUAUUACUCAGGGUAAAGCCAUGCUUUGGGAACUGCUAUGAAUACAGUCUUAGUUUGAAGAUAUCGGAGCUUUACAGGGGUUAUGGUUACCAAUGUAGCAAGAUUGGUGUCCGUAUCUGAGGUAAGAAUAUCUGUGUUUACUGUAGAGACUUGCCUGAGUUUUUCCCAACCAUUUUCUUCAUGAGCUCUGGUAAUUUUAAGUGACGCUGUUUAUUUCUCAUUUUUUUUGUGGGAGUUGUCACUUCCUUUUUUGUUUGUUUGUUUUACAAGACAAGGUUUCUUCUGUGUAGCCCUGGCAGUCCUGGAACUUGUUCCUUUGUCUUUGAACGCACAGAGAUCCCCCUUCCUCUGCCUCCCGAAUGCUGGGAUCAAAGGCGUGUGCCACCACCACUGCCCUCCUUCCUACGUCACUGUUCAUGUUCCACUUGAACACGUCUCUGGCCCCACCUCUCUCUCUUAGACUAGAGACUCACCCUAUAGAUCAGUGAAAGUCAAAGACCACAAUAUACUGUAGGUAGGCUGUGGCGGUAGAAGUUACAGCCAGCCUUAACACCUUUGGGAGCUAACUGCAGCACUCGGGAUUUCCAUCAAAAGUCAGUCCCAGAGUGCUGGGGAGACGGUCCGGUAGGUAAAGUGCUUUGCUGUGCAAACCUGAGGACCUCAGUUUGGAACCCGCGCAGCAUGUGUGACCAGGUUCAUUAGGCCCCUCCCGGCCACGGUAAGCGAUAAAAGCUGAGUCCUCCUCAGAUGGAAGGAAGCUGCAAAGAAGACUCGAGAUCGGACCAGCUCUCUCAAAGAAACGGCGACCAACCAAGCUGCCCCGAAGAGGUUUAGGAAUGUCGCCAGGAAAGGAUGCUCCAACCCAGUGAGCUGAUGCAGGCAGCCGUGUGGUCCAGGUUCCCUGCUUCUGUGAGCUGUCACCCACGCCGGGGGGAGGGGGGGGGCUUGGUAAUUCAGCUGUCUUCCAGUCAUUCCUGCUCCGCUAAGUAACCCCUGGCCCAUAUUCCUGUAAAUAAAUCAAACUCAUUGGUCGCUAAGUUGGACUUUGGUGGUGUCCAUACUUUGGCCGCGCAUGGGAUCCCUAUCUGGAGUGAGUAUGUGUGUGUUGUGUCUCCCCAGGAAAAUUUUCAUGACACAACAGUCCCAGAUUACACCAGAUCAUGAUAUUGCCCUGUGUUUACAGCCAGGUUUUCAUAACAAACUUCCCAACUAGAAGACUCAAGUUAUCAUAGGAAUAACAUACACUACUCAUGAAAGCCGUAUGUAACUUCCACUAAGGCUAAGACUGAGGGCCAAGGCUAUUUCUCAACCCCACUGGAAUUAGAGCUGUUAGGAUUGCCUUGCUAUGGCAAUAAUAACGCUAGUUAAGUAGCAAAUUAGUAGGUAACAGUUGAAUAACCCACAACAAAAAUUAUUAAGUACUCUUGGAACUUGAGGCAGGAAGAGUACCAGGGCCACCAUGAGCUACAUGGAACACUGUUGAAAAAUUAAAAUGGGCCUGGAAGAGAUGGCUCAGUGGUUACAGCAUUUGUUGCUCUUGGAGAGGACCAGGUUUGCCAGCACCCACGUGGUAGCUCACAAGCGUCAGUAACUCCAAUUCCAGGGGAUCAGACCCCCUCUUCUGACCUCUGCAGGCACUAGGCAUGCACGGGACACACAUACAUUCAGGCAAAACACCCAUACAUAUAAGUAAAAAGAAAAAACAAAUUUUAGUUUUAUUGUCGUUAUCUGGGUUAUGGUAUUUGGGACAAAAUCUGGAAAUUUUUUUUUUGUUGUGUUUUCUGAAUAAAGCAAACGUAAAAAGAAAAGCACCAACAAAAUAACAAUUUUGUUUGUUGCGUGUUGUCGCCUAGACUAAUUACUUCAGAAUCCUUCCGUUCUCCUGAGUUACGGUGGGUGGAGAACUUGGAUGAUGAGUGCUCCGGGCACCCAGGAGAGCAGGCUGGCCAGCACCGGCUAGGGAUGGGCUGAUCUGGGACCAAAUGAAUCACAAGGGAAAUCCAAGCAGCCUAAGAAGGCCGGCAAGCGCCGGCCGCGGGGAUGGGUCUUGUCUGGAGAAGGCUCGGAAUUCCGAGUCGUGCGGAUCUGGGUUCGGGACCCCGGGUUUGCUCACGCGUGGCCGGCCCGCGCCCAACGCUCGCUGGGCAGCCCGAUGCGCAGCGUCCGCAUCGGCGUCGGCCUCCUGGCGGCCCUGGCGGCGGGUGGCGCUGUCGCCCUGCUCGGCUACUGCGUCUACCUGGACCGGAGGCGGCGUAGAGACCCCGAGUUCCGGCGCUGCUUGCGGGACCGUGGGUGCCAGCGCGGCCGGCGGGAGGGAGGGCGGCCGAGCCCGGGCUGGUUCCCAGGUUGGCGCCCCGGGGACCCGGGCCCACGCCAUCCGGCGCUCCCAACCCGCCCGUGCCUGUGUUUGCAGGGAGAAGAGCUGCACAGCCCAAGGCCCAGGCGUGCGCCAGGGGAAGCAAGCGAAGAAGGGAAAAGUCGGUUUGAUAAGAACACAUUAUGGGAUCCAGCAAGGAAGGAAAAGCUACAAGAAUUUUUUUUACAAGAGGUGCAGAUGGGACAACUUUGUUUAGUUAGAGGAGAGCCUGGAAUAGGGAUUGAACAUCUCACCAAUGCCCUUUUAGUGUGUGGGCAGCCGAAGGAGCUUCUGAUGUUUUUCAAACAAACCCUCCCUCCUGAGGUAUUUCAGAUGCUAUUGUACAAAAUUCCCCUUAUUUGCCAGCAACUUGAGGCAGACAUGUAUGAACAGAAGUACUUAAAGGAUGGUCCUGACUGA